CCAAAGCAUCCCCGGCCCCUUCACUUCUAUCGUCGUUUGAUUUUCACGUCUUUUCACUCUCUGAACGUGAUACUCGACCACGUUAUUUAGCGAGUGUUAAUUUAUUUUAGAUUUUUGUAUUUCUAGUUACAAUUCUCAUUUCAAAUGGCUCCUGCUGCUAAACAGGCUAAAGCCGCUGGUGGGGAAAAAAAGCCUGCGGCUAAGAAGCCGCAGGCCCAGCAACCUGCUAAGGCCAAACAGGAAGCACCUAAGCCAAAAGCUGAACCUAAGGCUCAGCCCAAAAAGGCUGAACCAGUAGUCGAACCAAAACAACAAGCUAAAAAGGACACCAAACAACAAGCUCCCAAGGCUCAACCUGCACAAAAAUCGGCUAAGGAACAACCCAAGAAGGAAACUGCACCUGCACCAAAGAAGGUUGCACCAAAAGCAAGCCAAGACAGUAAGAAGCCUGCUCCACAACAACCAGCUAAGGCUAAUGCUAAAGCUGAACCAGCUAAGGAAAAACCCAAGGCUGGCAAAGCUGAUCCUAAAGCUAAAAAAGCUGAACCAGCGAAAGCUAAAGAGCCUGAAGUUAAACAAACCAAGAAGGCUCAACAACAAGCAGCACCAGCUAAGGGUAAGAAAGAAGAACCCAAAAAAGUGAAAGAAGAACCCAAGAGCAAAGCUACUAAACGUCCAGCUGAAGAAGUUCCUAAAGCUGUCAAAAAAGAUAAAAAAGAACCUGCUAAAGUUGAAAAGAAAUCUGAACCUGCCAAAGGUGCCAAGAAAGAACCUGAAGCUGCCAAAAAAACUCCCGCUGCUGCCAAGAAGCCAGUUGAUAAAAAACCCGCUGAUAAGGCACCAGUUGAGAAAAAACCUGCUGCUCCUGCCCCAGCCAAAAAACCUUUGACUGCUGCAGUGACCGUUAAGAAGACAGUAGCUCCACCCACAUUAAAGAAAGCACCUGGCGCACCUAAAAAACUCACUUUAACCAAAAAACCCAACACUGCACAGAAAAAACCUAAGGCGACAUUGAGAGGUAAAGGAACUGCUUUGAAAAAGAAGAAGGAAACUAGAAAAAUGACGAUCGAUUGUACUCAUCCUGUGGAAGACAGUAUUAUGGAUGUCAAUAACUUUGAAAAAUUCCUUCAAGAACGAAUGAAGUAUAACGGAAAAACUAAUAACUUUGGUAAUGUAAUUUCAUUGGAAAAGACAAAAACCAAAAUUAUUGUCAAUUCUGAUGUACCUUUCACAAAGAGAUACUUGAAAUAUUUAACAAAGAAAUACUUGAAGAAGAAUAAUUUGAGAGAUUGGUUGAGGGUAGUCCAUAGUGGACCAGACAGCUAUGAGCUCAGAUACUUCCAGAUCAAUAAUGCUGAAGAUGAUGACGAAGAGGAUAAUGCUGAUUAAAGAUUGAAAACAAAUUUUAUUUUUAAUUGUUUGACUCCUUGUACAUCGUCUUAUUCAUAAUAAAAAAAAAAAAACAUAUAUA